GAUUGGUGCGAUUCGACUCGUCUUGUUUAUGGCUGCUGCGCCGGGUAAUAUUCAGGUGAUGUGACCCAAAUCCGGGGUAGAUAGUCUGGGGCUGGUGCAGUUGAGGCACUCCCACUGUUAAUUAUAUUAAAACCACGACAUCCGCCCAUUUGUGCUCAGCCUAGCUCGGACAACCAUUCUGGCGAGGUCCUUCUUUCAUCAUCCUUGCUGUUUUCCGACCCCAUUCAGCCUCUCAUAUCACCCAUCACUAUCACCCAUGCCACCUUCGAUCACGACCAUGACACAUCAGAAGGACGAGGCAAGCUCCAAGGCUAGCAUUCACAGCAAACUAUCCGCCGUCAAUCUUGAGACUGUUCCUAGCUCGGUAGUUGGAACCAGCGUCGAGCUUGAUGAGGAGACGAACAGAAAGUUGCUUCGAAAGAUCGACCGGAAGCUGAUGCCUGUGCUCUGCUUGACCUACGCCCUGCAAUACUACGACAAGGCCAUCCUCAGCCAGGCCGCCAUCUUCGGCUUGCGAGAGGACCUGAAACUCACCACUGGCAUCAAAUACUCCUGGGUCUCUCUCAUUUUCUACUUUGGAUAUAUCGCAGGUACUUAUCCCGCCUCAUUCCUCGCCCAACGUUACCCGAUUCGAAUUGUCUGCACGUCUAUCUGCAUUGUAUGGUCUUUUGUCAUCCUUUGCACACCGGCCUGUACUUCCUAUACCGGACUCCUCGUGAAUCGCUUUAUGCUUGGUCUUGUCGAGGCAGGUGUAUCACCUAUCUUCAUGCUCGUCGUAGGUCUCUGGUAUACCCACUCGGAGCAGGUCUCACGAUCUAGUUGGUGGUAUUCCUGCAGCGGAGGAUCUCUUCUUAUCUCACCCCUAAUCAAUUACGGACUUGGCCAUAUCAAGGGAGGCGCUCUCAAUUCCUGGCAGUGGAUGUAUAUCAUCGCCGGACUCGCUACUCUGGCCUGGGGUAUUGCCCUCUGGUGGCUGUUCCCCGAUAGCCCUCAGAAUGCCAAGGGAUUUACGGAAGCCGAGCGCCGACUCCUCUUGGAGCGAGUCCGAGAAAACAAUGCCGGGAUUGAGGACAAACAUUUCAAGUCCUACCAGUUCCGGGAGGCCUUAUUUGACUAUCGGCUAUGGGGUAUCAUGAUUCUAUCUAUCGUGUCCUGCACAGGUUCCGGCGCCGUGACAACAUUUGGAACUAUCGUCUUCAAGGAUAUGGGCUUUGAUGUGUUUACUUCACUGUUGCUUAACCUACCCAUUGGAGCCCUAGCCUUUAUCUGUAUUCUCGGUUCAGGCUAUAUCGGCAGGAAGGUUCCCAACUCUAGGUUGUAUAUUAUUGCCGGGGCAUGUGUUCCUGUCAUUCUCGGCUGUUCCUUGAUCUGGCAACUUCCAGACUCUAACAAAGCAGGGCGUAUCAUCGGCUUCUAUCUUGUCAACUUCUUCUCCUCUGCGUGGGUUCAGUGCAUCGGCUUGGGGACUUCCAAUGUUGCUGGACAUACUAAGAAGGCUGUAUAUGCUGCUUCAACGUUUAUUGGUUACUGUCUUGGAAACAUCAUCGGUCCUCUCAUGUUUGACGCGAAAUUUGCCCCGCGUUAUGACGAAUCAUUUACCGGAAUCAUGAUCUGCUUUACGGUCUGUGUCUUUGCUUCCCUUGCACUCCGAUGGUUAUUUGAUCGGGAGAACAAGCACCGCGACAAGGCUUAUGGUUCUCCUAACCUCAGUCACGGCUUAGAGGAUCUGACAGAUCGGGAAAAUAAAUCGUUUAGAUACAGGCUAUAGUUUGUGUUAAAUGACAUCACCGGAAAGAAGCAUUAAUAUCACGAUAACUUGGCUUGUCAUGAACUCCUUUGACACAAUAAGUAACUUGUUCUUUGCUGUUUUAUAUAGCCUGUUCUCGAUACACCAAGAUGUAAUACGCACACCGUUUUUCUUAUAAGUGCAAUGUUAUAGAAUGCUUUUAGAUUUGGCCAUUGAAUAAAUUCACGAGCAGUCUGUCCGGUAUAGUUCCUGAACUCGGCGAUGUUUUC